AAAAAAAAAAAGAGAUAGAUUAGUGUAAUUGUGGAAUUUUAAUUUCUUUUUACAAUUUUUAUGGAAAUCACUCCUAAUUUUUCUUAUCUUCUCCAAGGGCUUAAGAAAAAAAAAAACACAAUCAUUAAAAACAAGGUUUCUCAUAUUUAUACACUUAUUAAAUUUAAUUUAAUUAAAUCCAAAAUUUAUAAAUAAUAAAAAAUAGUUCAAAAUUCACUGUAAUAGUUCGUUGUAAAGGGUGAUCCAGUACCAGCAGAAUUAGACCCAUCAACAACAACACAAUUCCAUCACUCCGUUUCCUUCAAUUUUUCACUGUACGUUUAUGCCUCAGCUCAAAUGGCUCGCAAAUCUGCCAAAUUCCUCCAUAAUUACGGGUAUGAUUUGAUUUUGGGAGCAGUAGCUGCAUUCUAUGUAUUUGCCAUACCUUAUACUAAAGUUGAAGAAAGCUUUAAUAUGCAGGCAAUGCAUGAUAUACUAUAUAAUCGGCAGCAUUUGGCUGAGUAUGAUCAUUUGGAGUUUCCUGGUGUCGUUCCGAGGACUUUCAUUGGUGCUUGGGUUGUGUCCAUUUUGGCAUCUCCUUUCGUAUCAGUCAUCAAUUUUCUGUACUUGCCUAAGAUCUAUAAUCUCUUUGUAGUUCGUUUGGUGUUAGGUUGCAUCAUACUUUCCACCUUACGCUUUUUCCGGCUUCAGAUCCGAAGCAAGUUUGGUCUCCAAGUAGAAGGUUUCUUUGUACUAUUAACAGCUCUUCAGUUUCACUUGCUAUUUUACAGCACACGUCCUCUUCCAAACAUACUGGCAUUGGGUUUAGUCAAUAUGGCGUAUGGUUACUGGUUAAAGGGGAGCUGUUAUACAGCAUUACAAUUUCUGGUUAUUGCAACAUUGAUUUUCAGAUGUGAUGUGUUACUGUUAGCCUGCCCCAUCGGUCUUCAGCUUUUGUUGAGCAAAUCAGUCUCAUUGUGGAAAGCAAUUAAAUGCUGUUCCACGGCAGCUAUACUUUCCAUAGGUCUUACCAUUCUAGUUGAUUCAAUAAUGUGGAGACGGGUUGUUUGGCCAGAAUUUGAAGUUUUCUGGUUCAACUCUGUGUUAAAUCGGAGCUCUGAAUGGGGUGUCUCUUCAAUUCACUGGUAUUUCACUUCAGCGCUUCCCAGGUCACUGCUUGCGGCAUAUCCACUCGUUCUGCUUGGUCUGUUACUUGAUAGGAGGAUUUUACCCUAUCUGCUCCCAGUUUUGUCCUUUGUGAUCCUGUAUUCCAAAUUACCUCACAAGGAAUUACGAUUUGUCAUUAGUUCUAUUCCAGUUUUUAACAUGACUGCUGCAAUAUCAGCAAGCAGAAUAUACAAUAAUAGGAAAAAGAGCUUUUGGAGGUUGAUUUAUUUUGGAAUGCUUGGCCUAUUCUUAAUCAGUUUAGGGUGCACAAUAUUAUUUUUCAUGGCAUCAUACCAUAAUUAUCCCAGUGGCUAUGCUCUAAGGAAGCUUCAUGAAAAGGGUCAUUUGAACAGCACUGGUGAAAUUUCUGUUCACAUAGACACUUAUUCAGCAAUGAAUGGAAUUACCCGCUUCUGUGAAAGUGGUCAUCCGUGGAGGUACUCCAAAGAGGAGAAUUUAGCUUCUCAAGAUUAUUAUCAUAGAAAUUUCACCUACCUUCUGAAUGAGCGCUCCCAUAUUGAUGGAUAUCAAUGCUUGUUCGCGAUGGAUGGAUUUUCCAAGGUUAAUCUUCGAAAGAGUGGUCCACCUGUUGUACUGGUGAAAGAACCCAAGGUGUAUGCUCACGGAUCUAUGAGCAACAUGGAAAUUUUGGGCCGAAAUUUUCCAGGAUGUAAAUUUUAAUGAAUUCAUUCCAGGAAUCGAUCCAUCAGCUCCCGCUCUUUCUUAAGCAUUUUACCUAAUGCUGCUUGUGAUGUUUCGAGUUGUAGAGCUGUUUCUGGUUUCCCCAUGUCAUAUGACUCUAGUCUUAAGUAAAUGUUGACAAUGUAAAUUUAUCUUUUUGUUUUCAGCCAUUGUUUUUUUAUAGAAGAAACAACAAAGUUUGUAGAUGGGUCAAAUACCCGAUAUAAAAUUGAUAUCAUAAAGCAAAUUUUUAUACUCCA